AUGGAGAAGCUACAAGGGCAGCAUCGAGCGCGCACACACCGCUGUCCCUCGGAGGGCGCCUCGCUGCUGGGGCUCGCCAACUACACGGAUGAGGAGGAGGAUGAGCACGGGGGCCCGAGGGGGCGCGCGAACGGCCGGCCCUGCGCGGAGGAGGAGGAGGAGGACGAGAGGAGGGCUCUGGAGAGGCGACCCAGGCAGGUCGAGCUGCGCCGGGACUGCCUCUACCUCGACACCGUCAAUCGACUGAGGCCGCUUGAGAAGAGGCAGUUUGGGGCGUUUAGGGAUUGUAUGUAUGGGGGCAUUGAAGGCGUUCCUCUGCUCGCUAACUGCAGGAGGCUGGCAAAGCUUCAACUGAUUGGCAGAUUAACACUUGCCUCUCCAAGCAACAAAAUCAGUUCAGCGGAGCUCUUGCGAAAAAAACACGGUCUUGGACUGGAAACCUGUGAACGAGCGAGCGAGCGGGCGAAGCCUCCAGGCGCCCUCGAGCGACACCACACCAAGAUCCCCGCGCCGUUGCCCUCGCCCUCGCAGCCGCCGCCGAUCCCCUCCCCCAUCUUCCUCCCUCAAACGCCCCAUCUCCGCCUCCUCUCCCUCUCCCGCCCCGCCUCAUCCUCCACCUCCCCCGCCGCCGCCGCCGCCCGCCGCUACUCCUCCGGCCGCCACCGCGCCCAUCAGGCCCCCAGCCACGGCGGCGUGCCAUGGAUGCAGAAGUGGUCCCCCGCGCCCGCCCCCUCCCUGGGCCAGGCGCCCUCCACCUCCAUCGACUGCAUCGUCCACCGCAUCCGCAAACUCGGCCUCGGCACCGACGACGACGAGCCCUCCUCCUCCCCCGCGGACACCCCGCUCGACGGCAGGGACCGCCUCGGCGACCUGCUCGACCGCAGCUGGGCGCGCCCCGACCGCCAGUUUGCCGCCUCCGGCCUCGACGAGGCAGUCCUCCCAUGGGAGGGGGACCAGGAGAGCGACGGCGAGGAGGCGGACGGGGUCAAGAGGAAGCGGGUCAGGGCGCCCUCGCUGGCGGAGCUCACCAUGGACGACGUGGAGCUGCGCCGCCUGCGGGGCACGUGCAUGAUUCUCAAGGACCGCAUCACCGUGCCCAAGGUCGGGGUCACGCAGGCCAUCACGGAGAAGAUCCACGACGCCUGGAGGAAGUCCGAGCUGGUCCGCCUCAAGUUCCACGAGGACCUCGCCAACGACAUGAAGACUGCCCAUGAGCUUGUCGAGGUGUCGAAUUGUUGAUGGAGGCUUCAGAUCGUCCUUCUCAAGGAGCUGAGGCUAGCCAUUAAGGAUCUGGGGUGAAGGUCAUGUCAUCUCUUCUCGUGGCUCUAAUGCCCACUGCUUCCACUGCUGAUAUUUUGAGCUCUUUGAUCUGAGCAAGAACCAUGGGAAGGUGAAGUUUACUUCCUUGGUUUGACUGACUUAUCCAUGCAUCUUAUGACACAUUGAACUUUAGGAAUUAAACUUUGGAAGUUCGGUAAUGAUAUGUUAUAAUAAUUAUUUGAGUGAUUCCAUAGUUUACUUUUCUGUAGCAUAGGGCUAAAUGUUGUAAUCCUCAGCAGCUCUCCUAAAAUGAUUCAGACCACUGAGGCUUGCCACAUAUACUAAAUGGAACAUGACUGAUUUUCUUGCAUUUAAUCCGAUGCAGACCCUUAAUACUUCAUGCAAUUUCCUACAAUAAAAUCCAAUUAGGCUCCUACUUCCUAGCGCACACCAAUCUGUACUCUAUUAUGAGUUUGCAAUUUAAUUAGUUUACAGGAAUGUUGCACCAGAAAACAUUAAUCUGUCUAUGAUGAAGUAUAGAUUAACUAGGAUUUUAUCAUCUUGCGUGAAGCUUCCCCUCCUCCGAUGGUUAGAUGUGUGCAGCAGCGAUGUUCUGCUCAAGGAGAGUCUCUGGCGGCUCGGCGGGGAUGCGCUGACCCUCUCUACGUCAGCAUUUUCUGGUGGCAUCCACCCCAUCCUGUGAUGGUGUGGCGCCUUCGAUCCAGGAAAGGAGGUAGUGGCCUUCUUCGGUGGUGUGUUGGAUGUGCCGUGCCGGGGCCCAUAGCUGCUUGGCGACGGCAUGCCCCGCUGGUGUCAGUCCCUCUCUUCUUCGAGCUGGUGCGAUUUUGUUCCUGCUGCAGCACUCCAUGAGGACCUCGACGUUUUCGGCUCCUCUCUCUAUUUCAGUCUACAGACUACAUCAAUUAAGGUUCAACUGUCUUAUGUCUCUACUUCGUAGAUUGUAUACAUGCACAAGCUCAAUAUCGGUUGCAAGAGGUUGGAUGCAGAUGCAACACAUUCAUGUAAUUAUGUUGCUCCUGCACUGUGUUUAUGCACAUUUUUUAGGUGAUUGUUCAUUAUUUAGUCAACUUCCUUAUGUUUGUAAUUUGUGUGAUUGUGCACAUUUUUUAGGUGAUUGUUUAUACCUUUUAAUUUGUGUAAAGUUCAUGUUUGGAAUGACUAAUGAGGUGGCACUCUUGAAAAAUGAGAAAUUAUGCAGUAUAUCCACUUUCUUCUGUUUAUUUUAAGUAUUAUUGUGGGU